CGAUACACCAGUACCCAUUGUCAAAUAAAAUGACUAACGUAAAUAUAAAGAGCGAUAAGAAAGUUCGUAAUCUACUUCAUCUGGAAGCGCCAGACAAUUCCAAUGAAUGAUUGCAAUUAUGACGUCCACGAAAAGAUAAAGAGUUUCGCUAAGGACGCAGGCGGUUUUGAAAAAUUGACCGGCUCGGUCCGGAUCAUGAGACCAACCUAUACAGAAAAAGUAAGAAAGAGAAAGGUACUAGCACUCCUGCAGCGUCUAGUAGAGUUGUACCACAAUCAUGAAACAACAACGAACGAUUUUGGUCUUGCGGUGAAUCGCUAUCCUAGACAAACAAUGACAAUACAUACUAGCAUAAAAGAAAUCCGAAGACCAGAAGAGGUGUAGUAGCUUAAGCAAAGCGCCGCAUAUUAAUCCACACUCCGGCUGCUGCGUUGGUGGAGAAAGCUUUAUUUUGAAAUUACUCACUUGGUUGGUGUAACUCCAAGAAUUUUUCAUCUCACCCACAGAAGUCACUUAUUUGGCCGUAAGAGAGGAUGAAGUAGUAAGAGCACAUUUUUGCAGUCGCUUAGUACCAGGCUCCUAGAACUUCUAGUAGGCACAAGAACAAGAACAAGUUGAUGUCGUAGCUUUUCCAGUACAGCGAUGACAAAGAAGUAGAAAAUAAAGCAAGCUGAUUUGAGUACCUGACUCCGAUGCAAGAAAGAUGGCAAGAUUUACUUCUACCGCAAAUGUCUACUUCUACUGCUAGCUGCGACAUCAUCACGCAGCAGGACGGCGUCGACAACUGUAGGAACCCGUUUUCCGGAAGUUGUAAAGCAGCACUAUGAACUUGAAGCACUAGUACCAGCACAGAGAGCACAAUAAAUCGCACAGAAGCUGCAAAACAUAAACAACUUCGUCGUCGAAGAGAAGACCUACAAGGGGGGCCGCUGAAGAAGUGCAGCAGCAACAAGUAGAACUCAAGUUGAUGUAAGUUCAAGUAUUAAAUGCAGCAUUUUUUGCCAGCUUACCUAUGAGCAGCCUCACCAAGCAAGAUGACAUCAAUCCUCUGAGUACGCCCGCUGAAGAGACGACGACCGCAACGGAUGCAGAGGGCGCAUCCUCAAAUGCCGAUGAAGAGCAGCUGGUCAGCUGUCCAAGUAGAAGCGAAAAAGGCGAGAACGUAAGGGUUGCAAACGAUUAUAUGACAGGGUCAUGAGCAGGGCGCGCUGGAGGUGAAGUGAAGUUCGCUGUUUGUCGUCAUAUUCUUCAGAAGCUGAUGAAGACAAAGACUGUUGUUCAGCGAGAACGACGUCAGACACUGAUGCACUUGUUAUGCAUGAUUCAAGGGCACCGGAACGAUGACGAUCUGAUGCUGCUGUAUCUAUCUUUCAAAGUUUUCUGGUGUUGCAGCAGCAUAGUGAACAGAAAAGUAGUCCAGUUUAUAUUAGUGCAAGUGCGCAGAAGUCUUCGCAAUUACAGUUUCUGUGUUAUGAUUUUGCUGGAUUCUGUAAAAGAUUUGACUGCUGGCGCUGUAGCUAUUGCUCAGCAGCACAGCAAGGCCAAGAGUUGUAUAGUAGAGCGACAUAUAGGAACAUGAAUGGAUGCGAGUUGUAAGUGCUUCGUGCAUUCGUCAUCUUCAUUCCAGACGCCCCUCUUGACCUUGUCGCGAUUCUCCACCUUGAUACGACGCUCGGAUUGGGACCACCACUGACAUUAACUACCUCAGCCAGAGCAUGCCACAGCAACCAGGCUCGGGUAGCUUCGCUUUGAAAGAACCCACCUCCGAAGUAGUAGGAGAACAGCAAGGCGCAAAAAGUACUAUUAAGAGCGGUGCUGGAGUACUUUCUUCUUCUUGCAGCACGAGCACGAAUACUGGUAACAAGACCAGUUGUACUUCUUCGACGAAUAGGUUGACUGCAAGAAGCGGAGAGGUGGACCUCCUUCGUUCUGCGAUGGCCUCCACCGCUGUGGCCAGCACGACUGAGCAGCAGACCAGUAGUACCAGUAAGACUGCUCCGUCUUCUAUGGGCAGCGGAAAGAACGAUCUUGCGGAUGUGCCGCCAAGCACAACUAGCUCGAAAGACAGUAAAAAACAUCCAGUUGUAGAAGGAGCAGUAGAUCCUACACUUGUAGUAGCCUCGUCUGCAGCGCGCACGAACGGCGACGCUGCAACAGGAGGCAAAAAUAUCACGGCGGCCGACGCAAAUCUUGCUACGCACAUGGCAAAGUCCGUAAAUGAAGAGGCCAACACGUGUUCUGUGGGCCUUGAUGCUCGCGCGAAAGUAAACAGCGGUGGAAUCGCGACGACUGUAGCGGCUGGCACCGCCGCUAGCACAGAAGAUGUUUCAAAUAAAGGCAAUCUUCUGGGCGAGGACGAUGUGAGCUCAACACAACAGGGAGCUGCUGGUGCUGUUCCAGCUAGUGCAACAAAAACGGGCACAGCUGCGGGGGUUUCGUCAGGUAGUUCGACGAAUAGAAAAGCUUCGUCCUCUACAACCUCUUCAAAAGAUACCACUGCACCCACGGGUAACAUGGUUGUAGAUGCUGGAAGAACCCUCAACGGCUCGACAGCGUCAAGCAACAGUGCAGCCGCCGCCGCCAGUGGUAAAAACGGAAGUGUUGCUGCUGAAACUGUAGUGCUGAAUGGGACCUCCGCGACCUCAGGCAGCGGAAGUGGAAUCACAAAUAGCAGCAAAACAACUGCAACUAAAAAGGAAGAAGUAAUAAAGUUCGCGCCCGAAGAGAGGAGCAAGGCAGCUGCUAGUACAACUACCGCAGCAGCAGCUGCAACAGCUACAGGCUCAUCAACUGCAGGUAGUGCUAGUAGCGUUCCGUCCUCCGCGUCCGCAGCACAGGCCGCUUUCGGUCCCACGCCCAGCUCACCAAGCUCCGGGCCUAGCUCUGCGGCUUCUGGCGCCGCGCCGGCGGCGAACAAGAAUAGCGUUAAGCCUGGUGCCACAACUGCAUCAACUGCAACAACCGUACCACCGCCGAUCUCCAUAGUCGGUAUGGGCAGCGGCAAGGGCCCGCUCCCGAUGGGCGCUUCGUCUAGUAGUAUUGGUGCGAAGUCGAGUAAUAGUACCGCAGUACCGAUUUCCACUACAGUACCAGCGAGCGCCACAGGAGCUAGUGCGGCUGACGCUAUUACUAUUAAGGAGGACUUAAGACGGUAUGCAGGAGGACUUAAAACCUUGUCAGAAGGUCGUGCUCCUGGACCACCGGGAGGCACUACUACCACUUCUACGACACCAGCCCCCACCGCGUCCCCGCGGCCGCCAAAUCCAAACCCCUUCACCGUGGAAGUGGACGAGGAUGAGCCUCCGCCACCGCCGGAAGACAUAUCAAAGAUAAGAGAAGGCACACCCAUUCGACCAGAAAAAAUUACCUCAGUUUGUUCUCAUGCCAUUUUAUUCAUCUGCGGCAGUGCGUGGCACAAAGGCUGUUUCGCAUGACAAUUUUUUUGGUAGUACCACCUUUGUCGUGCUGGCCCGCGUUACACUUUGACUUUCGUCCUCCGUAGUUGAUGUGCACGUCGGCAGAACAAGCUUCUUGCCCCCGUUGCAGAUCAGCAUCACAUCAAACUUUCUCGCCGUGACAGAACGACGGAAAGACAAAUUUUUGUCUGGUACUAUCUUGGGUGUAGUUUCAUUUUUCUGCUUGAUAAGACACGCCGAUCGACGAGGACGAGGAGCAGGAGGACGAGCAGCAGCGCAUGGACGACUGGGCCGCCUACCUGGGCGCGGAGGGCAACGGGGAGGUGGUAUCACAAUGAAAAACGCCCCCAGCCCCGAACUUGGGAGCAUUUGUAUUGCAAACCUUUCCAACAGAAACAUUCGCCCUCUUGCAUCUAGCAGCAUCACAGAUUUCCAAUCGUGAAUAGCGAAAAUUUGUAUUGCAACAGAUCCCAGCAAGCGCGGCGCUUGUCAUGCAAGCAAUGCUAUAUACGCCUAGACUCUACUGCAUCACAAAGUCAAAGAUAAAGACUCAUAUUCCUUUCAUGCAUGACAAAAAGUUUUCAUUUGGAAACUUCGCAUCACAAAUUAUUGCAAAUUUGGGGGUGGGGGCAUUUUUCACGGUAAUAGGUGGACGCGGAGUGGCUGAAGGGGCUGUACGACCUGCAGGCCGGGGCGCUGGAGGAGGACGACGACGAGGGCGACGUGCCGCACGGCAAUUCGCAGUCCGUGCCCUACUCGGUGGCGCUGCUGGAGCACGAGCAGAACAGCCGGCUGACCGCCGCCGGGGGGCUGGUCGUGGUGCCCACCAUUGACGAGGCGGGAGGAGGCGCCACCCGCACCUCCAGCACCAUCGUCGGGACGGCUGCGCCCACUUCUGGGUCGGUGCUGGUGGUUGGCGCGUCGGCGGCCACGUCGAGCAGUUCGUCCUCCGCAAAGGAGCAGGAGGCGAAGUGGGUCGCGGACGCGAUCGCCUUCAUCGGUAAGUACAUGACCAGCGAGCUGAAACUCGACGAAGUGGAAACCAAAAUCGUGCAGCCGCUACAGGAAAUCGCAAACGAGAUAGGUAUAAUGUUACAUUCAUAUACAAAAUAAACCGAAAGAGAUAUUAUCGUUUCGAGAAAGAUUUUGAAUUUCAGCAAAGAAAAAUUAUUUGUCUUCCGUUUCCGUAGUUUUCUUCAUUCCAAUGCUUCAUCGGGGUAGUUGCAUGUAACGAGUAUGAAAGCAAUUUUUCCACUCGUGGCUUAUCUAGGUUUGAAGGGCGAGAUGAAGUGUUUUGGGUCCUUCAUGAGCGGGUUUGCGAACAAAAAGUCGGAUUUGGAUGUAACUUUCAUCCAGCAAGACUCCACCACCCUGUCGCCACACGACAUACUCACCCGCGUGGCCAACAAACUGGAGAAAUCGGGAGCCUACGAUAGUACAUUUUAGUCUGCUGAAGCUGAACAUUCGCCUAGGUCAGCUGAGGAAAAAACUUUCGAUUACCACUGACCCCUCUGCUACUACAAGGAUUUCAAUUUUCAUCCUUCAAAACAACUUGUACUUGAGAUUUUGAUACCAGGUGUGUGUCCUACUCAUGUCUAUAGAAAGUUCUUGCAAGUCUCUCUUGUAUGAAGAUCAAGAUGCUUGCAUGCCUUCCGCUUAUACGAUUUGUCCGGAAAGAUACCAAAUGCAAAUCCACACCUGAUAUUACAACAGGCAUCACGAAGGUGUUGCACGCACAAUCGCCACUGGUGCGGUGUACAAACAUGGAGUUGCAGGUGGAAGUCGAGAUCUUAAUGAACAACCAACUUGGCGUUGAAAACUCAAAACUUCUCCAUUGCUACGCCCAGAUAGACCCGCGGGUGGCCCAACUGGUACGUGUUUUUGUUUUUUGUUUAGCACCGACACCGUAAAGAUGGCAGGCUGUCUUCGCACGUGAUGAACUAGUGCAGCUGGAGCAGUAAACCCACUUCGUUCCAUGUGCGACGACGUUGGGUUGUGCUAUCUGCAUACCAGAAAUUUACGCAAAUUUAUUCCAGGUCCGUCUGGUGAAGACCUGGGCGAAACACUACGAAGUUCUCGGGUCUCAGGACGGGUGCAUCAACAGCUACGCCUACGUGCUGCUCACGCUCUAUUACCUGGUAUUCUUUGAUAAAAAGCAAUUUUUUUCAAUUUUUUUUUGGUUCGGUUUUGGUACAUGGUGGGAAUCUCAUCGCUGAGACGAGCCAAUGCCGCUUGUCACCAAGCUCAAGAUCGGCGGCGACUUCGGACAGCAAGAAGUUUGUUUUGUUACCACGUGAAGAAGAAGGUAGUAGAGUCCCCGACUAUCAGAUGAUACGAUUUUUCUGCACUUUCAAUAUGCGUAGGUCGCCAUCAAUUUCCUCCCCAACCUCCAACUUCUGGCGCAAGCCAUGGGCAUCCCCAGCAACUUUGUGAGCGUGAAGAAGUGGGGCACGCCGGACAUUGUGGACACCCGAUUUUGGAGCAAGAAACUCCCCGAUUUCCGCCCCGACAACGCCGCAGACUUUACCCUGUACCAGCUCGUGAAAGGCUUUUUCGAGUUCUACCUCAAGUUCCCCUGGGCGACAAGCGCCGUGUGCUUGCGACAACAGUACUUUCCACUUUGCUAUAUGAUCUUCCGAACAAUUAUUGUCCUCACUGUCGCUCAUUGUUUGGCAUCGACUGAUCAUGUUGCACAUAGUACGAAAAUACGAAAAAUGUUUUCGCACUCAUUGAGAAGAGGUCAUGAUUUUGAAAUGUACUUUUGCGUAAAGCUAAGAAACUAAACAUAAUUAACAUCAACAGCCUCCCCGGUGCCCCGGCGACCCAAACCCCGAAGCAGAACCUGUUUUUUUUCGAGCACACUGGCCCCGCCGUUUGGCACAUCGAGGACCCUUUCGACGUGAAGCACAACCUGGCCGGGCGGACCACGGAGUCCGGCAGAAAACGCAUCACCGACGCCAUGAAACAAGCCCUAGAGAACUUCACCAACUUCGACGAGGCUUUUCAGACAAAUCGAAAAGCAAGGUAGAGGCAGUGCUGGAACCGAAUUUUGUUUUUGUCAUUCGUCUGAUCGAUGUGCAUGUGGUAUACCAUGGUUGCUGUGCGAGGAAGGUUCUUCCUUAUGAUCGUCGCGACACAGCAAUAGAAACGCAUUAUCACUUUCACUACUAGGUUUUGGCUUAAAGCCUCCAUCUCCUCCACGGUGACCCCGAAGCAAGUGUUGGAUAUCUUCAAAGACGUGGAGCUCGUGCGACUCUAUUUCCCGAAAUACGAGACAUUUUUCCAAGAAGACCCGAACAAGCGACCGCACUUAUAUGGAGGUAUUGAGAAGAUGCGUGCAUAACCAGACGCAUUACUUUUAGCACUUUGAAUUCUCAUUAUGCAGCACCAGCUGGAGCUGCAAUAAGUACCUUACAACUUCUUAAAGUAAGUCUGUUGGUUGCUCAUCGCGGACCGAAGCUGGAAAUACACGUGGACCUUACGAGGCGAAUCCCAUCCAAAUCCAAAAGAGGACACACUCACACCUCCUGAUCAGUAACAUCCAAACUCCUAUUACCCUAUUCUCUCCACUACAGCCCCACGGUACAAGAACAUCAUGCUGGAAUUUUCUUCUCAAGCGGACCUGCGACAGGCGGAGAUGCGCAACGAGGUGUUUCUGUGCGAGAGUCAGCUGCGGCUGCACAAAACCACCACCGGCUUCGUGGAAGAGGAAGUCAAGGGAAAGGAGGGCGCGUACUACGAGUUCGACCUUUCCGUGUCUUCCGAGGAGCUGGAGACGGCCAUCAGCACGGCCUUGGCGGAGCGCGACGCGACCAUCGCGAAAAGAAGUACGGAAUCGCCAAAAUUUGUCAAGGGAGAAAAGGGCGGGAAGGGAAGCGGCACCACGGCGAAGAGCGGUACUUAAUAGAAUACUGCAGAGAUAUUGACGAUAAUUACUACCUCAUGCUGCGCGUAUUAGCAAGAUAAACAGGCCUAGACUUUGAAAAGUAGGUUGGUUCCUGUUUCACUAUGGAGAUAUUACCGUAUUUUGAGGACGAAGAGGAAUUCCGCAAAGGAAAUUAUAAAGUAGACCCUUCUACUUCCUCGUCGCAAUACGAAUGGCGCUCGUCCUCCCACCCACCAACCUUUUGAUAAAAUCAAAAUCACAAACGAAAAACAGAUGGCUCCUCCGGCGGCGCGUACUUUCUCGGAGUGGGCAUGACCGAGGACGACGCGAAAUCUUGGAACGCCCGGUCGGCGAACAACAGCAAACAGGCCUACAGUGCUGGCAAUCAUGCCGGAUACACGCCCUACGACAACUCCGUGGAGGAACUGGCGAAGUACAGCAAAACCGGCCUUGCCGGCUCUCCCUCCGCCGUGGUAGACCCGACGAAAAAGGACAGCAAGGAGGCGUCGCUCGAGGAGUGGAACGCACAGUGGUACAUGAACGGCGGUGGUGGCGACAGCGCGUCCGGCGCCUCUUCGUCUGCCAACACCCCGCACGACGGCAACGCGAUGCCGAAAACCACGGAGCUGCGCGCCAACGCAGCGACCUUCACCAGCAAGGGUGGCGCCUUCGAUAUCAGACUCUUAAACGCCACCUUGUUUGCUGCUACAUGAUCUGAUGUCAUGCAAAAUUGCCGACAGGGAGGAGCCUCAGCCUCCACACGAUGGAGCUGCUUCGCAUUUACAAAUCGCGUAAACCAGUACUGAUGUUGUAAGUCGUUGCCAAGUCUGUAAUGCGAUACGCACAAGCACAUCAAGUUCCACCCUUUCACAUUUGCUGUUCAUUCUACUUGCAUCACGAAUUGUUCACGUAACAGCAGGCAAAGCAACGCGUUUGCGAGCCCCAUACUCGACUACGGUGCAGCAGCGGCCUACGGAAUGGGCGGUGGUCCCGGUGGGGCAGCGGCCGCCGCGGCGAGUGCCUUGGCUGCGAGCGCUGGCAUGCCGCCCGGCUACGCAGCCAUGCAGCCCGGGAAGGGCCCGGCGGGAGGGCCGGGUGGCUACCCGCCCCCCGGGGCAACAGCGACCAUGGUGCCCGGACCGGGCGGGCAGAUGAUGUUGGCUCCGGGGCCAGGAGGAGCCGGUGCUGGCGUGCCCCCGGGGGCGAAGGGGUCGUACUGGGACCCGAGUCAGAUGGCGAUGUACAUGGCCGCGAACAACAAGGGCAAAGAAAAGUGGCUGGAGAUGAUGAAGGGCAGCAAAGGGGGCGCCGUGAGCUCCAAAUCUAGUCCGGUUGACGCGGCGCACCAGCUCGCCCUCAGUGCCGGCCAGCCGAGCGCUAACGACGAAAACGGAAGCAACAGCGGGAAUAAUACGGCGUCGGAUGCGCAAAAACAGCAGUAUGCACAGGCAGCCAAUUAUGCAAAGACAAAUUUAAUGGUUUUACAGUUACACACGUGGUCGUAGUUGUAGGAUAAGCUAGACUGACAACUUUUAUCUGUCAUGCCCGAACAAAUGAUGCGCAGGAGCAGGACGAGCGGGACGAUGAACUAAGUAAGUACAUUGUACCCACCAGUCACAUGCGGGUUUUCCCACAUGAUUGCAGAAAUGUAGCUUUUUUAUGUGAUGCAAAACUGAACCAUUCUAUGCAUAUCAAGUUUAUCGUGUUGCGUGCUCCAUGUUCAUCGUGUUGCUGAAUCUGCAAAAAUGUGUAGCUCGUAAGGCAGCUUUUUGUUCGCCGGGAUACCAUCCAGAUGGCAGCGUACGCCCAGAGCGCGGCGAUGACGAAGGGGCUGUACCAGGCGGCCAAGGCGGGGAAAGCGGCCUUCUACGCACAGGCCGCGGGCAUGCCAGGAGGGCCGGGCGCACCGCACCCCGCGUUUUACGCCCAGAAUCCCGCCGCGGCCGGGAAUGCUGCCACGAUGGCAGCUAUGGCGGCGCAGAAAGGGGUGGCAGCGGGAAAGGUAUAGCCAUGCUUGUGUAUGUCUUCAUGUGAAAUGUUAAAUGUCCUAGGUGGUCCCCAAUUUGUCGUGCAGUUAGAAUUGAAUUUAUUUGUCUUAGCUUGCAUCCGCCAGUACUAGCACGACGAAGAAGCAGUCCGAACUACUGCCAGGAUGCAAUUUUUUAGCUGUAUCCAUUCGUAUUGCCAUUGCAAUUGUCUGCUGCUAUGCUCCUGGAUUAUAUCAUCCUGACCUCAAAAAUGAAAAUCAAAAUUACUCCAAAUAUGAACAGGACCCAGCAGCGAUGGCGGCCGCGAUGCAGUAUCAACAGCAGGCAGCAGCUAUGAAGGGAUACCCACAUCCAGCCUACAUGUAUAGCCCAGCAGGCGCCGACCCAAGAAUGAUGAUGAUGGCUGCCAUGGCAAAAGGUAUAAUCGCACGUAACGAUUCGUCUGCGUUCAGAUUCAUCUACUCGUUGCGCAACGAAUUAGAUGAACAUGCAUGGACACGAACACACCAUGAUGAAAUAAAUCUUCAUGAUCUAGUAUAUCUAUAUGAAAACAUCAAAGGUCCUGAUGAAGAUGUACUUCUACUUCUUGCUUGUCGCUUGCUAGCAAAUAAUGAUUUAGUUUCCGCAGCAAGAGAUAUUUUGGUUUUCAGAGAACAUCUACUUCAUGAAGCGAGCCGCCUGGUCGAUGUGAUCUUCAUAUCGAUUCCGCAGGUACUAUGCCCAACCCGGGGGCAGCCUGCGGCGUUCCGAACGGAGCUGCUUAUGCCGGCUACGCAGCCGCAGCCGCCAUGAAAGGAAAGCAGGGCGGCAAACCCGGCGGUGGGCCAAGCGGGCGAGGAUUCUGAAAAGACAAAGACUCGAAGAGCAAGGCGGUGCAAGAGGAGCAGUAUUUCUUUUGGAGAAAACGGCUCUCGUUUCAUUCAGAAUGGCGCCGGGCCGGAGGAUGAAAACGCACAUGCAGAAAAGCAUGCGUUUGUGAAGUACUAGAACGUGGGUCUGGGUUCAUCUUCUCGUCAUCCACACCAGUGGCAGUGCCUCGCACGUGGCGAAUUGUACUUACUUACACGUUCUUCUGCUACAUUCACGGAUGAAGAUGAAAAAAUACAGCAAGAGCACUCCUCGCCUGACGAGCCCUCCUAGCCUGGAAAAGAAGCCGAGUCCAUUAUACCUGCAUCUGCGAAAAUUAUCCGCUAAUAGUUGUCCUGUAGAAGCAGGAGCUAGCAGGGGCAAGAGCAACUGAUCCUCCAUAGUACCAGCCCGCGGCAGUUUGAAACUUAUACAAGAUGAAAAUCGCUUGAUACUUUAUGACUCAUCAGCAAAAAUCCGAAGAUAAUCGAAAAAGAAAAUCCACCAAGAAGUCUAUUUUAUUGCUAGUAUACGAAAUUAUUGAAGACUACGUAGGAGCGUGCGUUGCUCCAAGACGGACGACGUGUGUCGGAAUGAUAUUAUCCAAGGUGUCGAGAACAGGCACCAGCUUGACAACAACUAUAAAACAACUAUUCACAACAUCCAGAAGUUUCAUUAAAGCGCAAUAACGGUACUAUCGUUUUUGAAAAUGUAUCUAGUAAAGGUUUCAUCUUCUAUACGUUGAGUAGAACUACAGUCUACUACUAUGCUUCUUUUAUUUCUGACAUCUGUUUGAGCGCAGUUAUCGCCACCGUGACCUGACAGCUGCGGUAUUAUGAAAGUCGUACUUCUAUCAUGUAAGCAGGGCGAAGACCAGCAACAGCUCGCUGCACCAGGAGCAGCAGGACCGGAAGAAACUCAUCAAGAUAUAAUCGCGAGCGACAAGUAGUACUAGUAGAGAGUAUUUUUUAUCUUGAAAGCGAAUUAUAUUGUCACAGCUUCCUAAUCCUACUUUACCUUUUUCGUCUCAAUUCUAGUAAACUCAACGGAAAAAGAACAAGCAGGGCAGUCAACGGCCGUAUCACAACAACUCCCGUGAUCUGUAGCGAAGCAUUUAUUCUAAAACGUAUCUUUGCCCUUUAGUGUAUUCUUAUUUUCACCAGGCCGCCUGCUCGUCUCCACCUCCUGCUCAAGAAGGUAGCCGCACCAUCUGUUCGGCUGCGAAUAUCAGGGGCUCCGGCUCUAUACUUUUUUUUCCACAGUGUUUUGUUAUAUUUAGCUGUCUUUCCAUAAUUUUGUCGAACCAAUGAAGAUUUGAAUUUCUCUUUCAUCCUUGUACCACUCCAAUGUCACAUCAAAGAAAAGGGCCUCCGUAGCUGCGACGAACUGGUGAGAGAGGAGAUAGUGUCGUGUAUGUGCCUAUGAUCGAUAAUUUCAUCAAAAUUCUCUCUCUCUCGGUACUACUAGAAUCCGCCUCUUCAGCUGCACUCGGGCGACCAGCUCCAGGGCUGCAGCUGGACGCGGGUCUGUGGUCGAACUGCGCGAAACUGCAUUGUAGAUCUGGUAGGUAGGUUGACUACCGAUGUUUAAAAACCUAUCGCGGGCACUAGCAGAGAACAUUGAGAAUAAUGACCGCGGAGCAUUUGGUUGCUCCUGCUGAAGUCGUGAUGAAUAAACGCAAUUAUCGCACAUUAUGAACUAUUUUGUCUCUCAGUAGUGAUUGAUGCAAGAAUCGACUUCGCACCUAUUUUUGUCGAAGAUGAACUACCCGUGGCGAUAAAAAGAAUGAAUUCUUUGGUCGUGUACACAAACGAAAAUGAAUGUUGUUGGCAGGUUUUUAUCUUCAUCGCACUCACACUUGUUCAUAAUCUAGUACAACCGAUAUUUAUAAUAUGCACUACCUCUUAGCACGAGCAGGUUACGACCACAAGCAUCAUCAUCAGCAUGUUUUUUGAAAUAAAGAUCAUCAUAUGUCGAUAGAGUAGAUUGUUUAAGAACGUUGAUGUUGUGCUUGUGGUAGGUCAUUUUCAAAAAAACGAACCAAGUGAUGUGACAACGCAGACGCUGCUUCUAUGUUGAUGGUCUACUUACGUCGAAACAAGAUGAGCCAAAGAAUUGACUCCAGAAGAUAAAGAUUUUUCACGACGACCAGUGGUCGAGAUGGGGUCUUGAACUCUCGAAU